AUGGAAAAGAAAAGAAAAACACCAGACUCUGUAAAUCAGUUGGAGACAUUUGAACCAAUAUCUAUGGACAGCAGCACUUCCGAGUACGAGCAAUGCAGCAAAAGUUUAAAUCAAGUUCCGUUAUUAAUAUCUGUGUCAUUUGUGGUUCAGAUUGUAAAACCGUUAACAAAAGAAAAUACACAAAUUAUUGAGAGUUUGUGAAAAGCCGAGGGAUCAAAAAUUACUCAACGCUGGUUUUUAAAGAUCAUGUUUAUACAGCCACAGCGGCAAUGCACAAACCCGAAGAUGUUUUUGUGGCUGAUCUCUACUAUCAUGCCCACUGUUGUAAAGAUUAUUUCAACAAAUAUAAUGCUGAUAUAGAAGAAAUAUUCGAAAACCUUGAAGAAGAAGAUGCCAUAACUGCUUGA